AUAAGGUCUUUUACAACUAUCUUGAAUUAUUUUGUAGGGUAUAGGUUUCGCUCUGACUGAAAUGCAAAAACAUGCAUCUAGUAAAGUGUUAUACGCUCAUAACUCCCUGUAUAUUUUAUGAGCAAGAACAAUUUGUGUAUAUUCUGGACAAGAGAUUUACAUGUAGGCCUAUAUCAGUUUACAUGCAUGAGAUAGUUAAAGAUAGCCACCCACCCAACAUUAAAUUAACAUAACAUGGAGUCACAGAACAAAAAAAUGAAAGUUUAGAUGACAUAUUAUUUAUCAAAACAUGCAAUACAAAAAUUCACUUUUAACUGUAUAUAUAUACAAAUAUUUUGUCUGUAUUUCAGAUCUGAUCUUGUCUCUUCGGUUGAACGAAGACUUUCUCUUCUUUUCCCUAUCACUUAUUCUUUAUGACUUCUGUGUAUGUGUUCAUGAUGUUGAAAUUCAAACUCCCAGUCGUCUAUAUUUCAGACAAAUGUACGUCCUCAACGUGCAGUGAGCAAAGGUGUUAGAGAACCAGAUACAGUCAGGAAGACUUGGGGAGAGCAAUGAUCUCACAGAAUAUUACCUUCUUGGCCUUCUUGUACUUUGUCCAGGGACUUCCUUACGGAUUACAGACAUGGUUCCUUCCUGUCUAUUUCCGGAGUCGAGGAAUGUCUCUAUCAAAUGUCGGAUUCUUCAAACUCUUGCUGACACCGUGGAUGUGCAAAGCAUUGUGGGCACCGUUUGUUGAUCGCUUCGCCACCAAGAAGUCAUGGCUGAUGUGGAGCAUGAUGGGAUUGACAUUAACUUGUGUGAUUGGUUCCUUCUCUGGCCCAGACUUCCUGUCUCAACUGGCAGCCAUUUUGUUUUUAUUCAAUCUCCUCACUUCAACUCAGGAUAUUGCUGUUGACGGCCUUGCAAUUCAGAUCUUGUCUUCCACAGAACUUGCCCAUGGUAAUAUUGCUCAGGUGGUAGGUUAUAAGAUAGGUGCUGUAGUUGGAGGAGGUCUGCUUACAUGGUUGAGUGACUACUUGAACUGGAUGAUGCUGUUACAGUGUCUUGCUGCUGUUUAUGUUUUUGCAGUGUUUGCAGCAUGGAUGUUUAUUCCAUCAAAUCCAGACCAUUUCCAUGACGAUAGCCUAACACCUAAUACAUGUAGUAAGAACUCUGAAGAGAUAUCUCAGGAAACUAAUAAAUGUGACAUUGACGACCAUUCCAUGCAACAAAGAUCUGAAAAUAUUGGGAAGAAUGAAGUAAAAAGUGCAUUCUUAUUGAUUAUCGAUCAUUUCAAGCUUAUGUUGAGGCCAGAAGGAACAAUAUGGAUAGCAGUCUAUGUCCUUUUGUACAAGUUAGGUGAGAAGGGGUCACUGAGUAUGAUCCCCCUCUUCCUGCUGGACCAGGGGCUGUCGACCUCCGUGGUGGGACUCUGGACAGGCAUGAUGGGGCAGGUCGUAUCCAUCACUGGCUCGGUACUGGGUGGGGUCAUCAUGUCCAGGUAUGGCCAGUCCACCCUGGGCCUCCUGAAGACCCUGAGUGUGAUCCGGACCGUCGUCCUUGUCAUCUUGUGUUCUCUUAUCUCAGCGUGGUCCUCAGCAUACCAGAUCCUCCUUGCUCCUGCUGUUAUAGGCCUGAUGCUGAUCAUGCUCCUCAUCAGUGGCUACAUCACCACGGCAACCUUCACAUUGAUGAUGGAGUGUUCCCAGCGGGCACCAGCAUCCGUGCAGGCGAGCCACUACACGACCCUGGCCACCCUGGAGGUGCUGGGCAAGCUGACAUUUUCCGUGGUCACCGGGUGGAUCACGGAUAUGACAAGCUACUCAAGUGUGUUUGUCCUGUUCACAUGCCUCUCUGCCAUCAUCAUUCCAGUUUUCAGUUACGCACCCAGCAUCCUUGUACAGAGCAAUUCACAUAGGAGGAAUAAAAGUCGAUGAUAUUGAAUGUCUGAAGCC